GAAGUAGAUGGCGCCGACCCAACGCCAUGGUGGAUCGACGUGAUCUUCUUCGCCUAGGGGGAAGAGGGGGCCGCGAGAACCGGAAAUGAGGCUCUUGGAAGGCAUUGGCGCACAUUCAGGAAUUGAGCAACCCACCGUUUUUAUUCAAGAUGUCUUCGACUCUCAGAUCCGCCGUCAUUGCCGCCCUCGCCGGCGCGGUUUCCGUCUCGGCUCAUGGUCACGUUACCGUCGUUAAGGCCGACGGCAAGUCGUACACGGGAUUCGAUCCUACCUCUGCGCCGUUCGGCCCCCAGCCUGACAGCAUUACCUGGGGCAACGGCGCCACCGACAACGGCUUCGUCCUCUCCUCAGCCCUCCAGGACCCGGAUAUCAUCUGCCACCUGGACGCCACCAACGCACCGCUGACGGCCCCCGUGGCCGCGGGUAGCGACGUCACCAUCACCUGGAACCAGUGGCCCGACUCGCACAAGGGCCCGGUCAUCGACUACCUCGCCGACUGUGGCGGUGACUGCGCCACCGUAGACAAGACGACGCUGAAGUGGUUCAAGAUCUCCGAGCUCGGCCAGCUCGAGCUCGGGCGCGGCAGCGGCCAGACCGGCCGAUGGGCCGACGACCUCAUCAUCGAGAACGGGCUCACCUGGUCGGUGACGAUCCCGGCCUCGAUCAAGGCGGGCAACUACGUGCUGCGCCACGAGCUCAUCGCCCUGCACGAGGGCGGUUCGCAGGGCAAGGCCCAGUUGUACCCGCAGUGCAUCAACCUCCAGAUCACGGGCUCGGGCACGCAGGUGCCGGAGGGCGUCGUAGGUACGCAGCUAUACACGGCGACGGACCCUGGCAUCCUGCACAACAUCUACAACGACGAGAACCUCCCGUCGCCGGACGACUACAUCAUCCCUGGCCCGCCGCUGCCCGUGUUCGAUGGCUCGUCGUCAGGCGGCAGCGGGAACAGCGGCUCGUCGUCGUCGGCAGCGCCUGCCCCGACCAGCACCACCGCGGCGCCCACCUCCGUAGCCACGCCCACCUCGACGGCCGUCGUCUCGUCGACUCCCGCCCCCGAGCCUGUCGUGAGCACGCCCGCCGCCUCGUCGAGCGCCGCCGUGCCCGAGCCCGUUGUGAGCACGCCCGUCACUUCCGCCGUGCCCACGCCCACGCGCGUUGUCUGCAACAACAGCAAGCGCCGUGCCCGCCGCCACGCUCGCCAGCUCAAGAACUUGAAUUAAUCCCCCGCAUUUUCCUGUGCGAGGGUCAAGCCCCCGCGGCUUUUCUGGUAUAGAAGGAGAUGAGAAGGGAAUGGUGGAAGCAUGGUUUCAGUUCGAUGUGUAUAUAUUUUCACUGUCC